UGGUGUCUUUCAGGCUCUUUGUCUCUGAGUGGCCCCAGCACCGUGAUGGGCACCGUGGGGGGUUCCCUGAGAGUCCAGUGUCGGUACGAGGAGAAAUACAAGACAUUUACCAAAUACUGGUGCCGACAACCGUGCUUGCCACUAUGGAACCAGACUGUGGCCACCAGAGGGUCUGAGGAAGAGAUGAGAAGUGGCCGCGUGUCCAUCGUGGACCAUCCUGGGGACCUCACGUUCACAGUGACCUUGGAGAACCUCACUGUAGACGAUACAGGAAAAUACAGGUGUGGGAUCGCAACGAUACUGCAUGAAGAAGGACUCCAUGGUUUCCUGCCUGACCUCUUUUUGCAGGUUCAAGUGUUUGUCUCCCCCAGCCCAGGGCCUGACAAGAGUUGUGGGACUCGGGGACUCUGUGGCUGGUGUCCACAUGGAGAGCUCUGGGCUGUGCAUCUCUAUCAGGACCAGGGAGCUCAUGCCACCCUCCUGUGCUCACAGGGUUGUGUGUCCCUGUUGUCAAACUUCCUGAAUUGACUUCUGCAGUCUUCAGGUAGGGUGGACAAGUCAGGGGGCCUCACUGCCUGGGGGUGGGACCUGAGGUCUAGCUCCUGUGCCAACAUUCCAACAUUCCUGUUUCCAGUGAGAUGAGGGAUGCUGAAGUGCUUAAUGGGGAAGGUGAUGCUUCUCUGGUCCUGGAUUAUGAUAUGUCCAUCUGCAGAGCAGAUAGGGAUGCUGUUGAAUGGGGAUUUGCCACACUCUGGCCAGGCCUGGGUCUGGUUAGGGGCAGGUGACAGCCCCAGAAGCUCAGUCCCUGAGUGCCCUCUGCUUUCUGAACUCUCAGAGAGUUUCAGGGAGCCAGAGCUGCCUGGGUCCCCUCUUCUCCCUUUCCUUCCAUUCCUCACGACCACAUCCUCAUGUGUCUGCUGCAUCCAGAUGCUCAAGGUGGAGGCUUGAGCGGAGGGACAGGAGUGUG